AUGGUGUUCAACUCUUCUUUCAGACCGAUCGGUCGGGUGGGGGAAACAUACAAGACACUGUUUACAGACGAAGGUGCCUUACAAUUAUGUUCGUCGACCCCACUUCCGACACCUGCCGUCGUUGAGCUGACCGCAAGGUUCAUCACUGCCACCUCCGUGUCCUUCGAAGGCACCUCCAGCGGCAUGGUCGAACCCUCUAGUGACGUUGGGGAAUCGGUCCUCGGGGCUCACCACAACAACAGUCAUCUCCGGGACCUCUACCGCGCCAACAAACAAAGUCCCGAAAACGAGCUCCGCAUCCUAGACAUGGUCAGUGCUGUUUGUGGCAAUUCUGGUCCUUACAAAUCUACACUGGCUGCCACGGUGUCAAGCUUCCGCGCUCUAGCCUUGACAUACAUAUGCAACAGGGAUAACGUAGUUCACCCCAAGCGGCGCACUUUUCCCCUACCACACGACGAGAAAUUUCGAUUGCACAACCACAACAAUGACAUUCAACCAGAGGAUGUCGGCUUCUUCCAUCGAAUGCGUGGUGAGGAGGAUGGCGCGAUCAGGCGCGACCUUGCCCAAACCACCCAUCUCACAGCACCUACAGUUCCUGGAGGCAACCCCGAGUAUCACAUGCGCCAAUUGAAGGCAUAUGCAUUGACCAGCGAUAAGGACACAUUCGUGAGAGGAGCUACACGUUACCGCGAUAACCGAGACCUGGCAAUGACAUAUCGAGACGGCUUUAUUGAGCAAGCCAAUGAUAGGGCUCGUAAGAUGCCUAUCUCCAGCUCGACUACUACUUUCUCGGACAGCCGUACCUCAUUGUCACCAUUGAUUGUCGGUGAGGACACUUCUCAAGAUGAAAUGGCUCGCAAUGAGGUCACACCGGUCAAGCGCCUGCGGCCAGAUCCCAUGCCACCUGAUAGCCACGAAGCUACCACCGGGCAAUCAUCUCGCACUACCUCUCCCUUGACCCCACAACGCUCCGCUGCAGCAGAUCUCACGCCGUUGGACGAUACAGUGACGGGUCGAGGGACUUGCCCUUCUAACAACCAAGUUCAGACUUUACAGAAUGCAAUCGAAGUGCCUUCGAAGCGGAUGCGCCAUGAAGGAGCGUUGGGAUGGUGCAUCAAGCAUGAAAGCACAGCCACCUCAUCCAGUAUUUUCACAAUCCUCUUGUGCCACCUCUCUCCAAUAUUCAAAACUCAAGAGCAACAGUCUGGAGGUAUUCUGCAAGCACGGAAAUAUGUUCAAAUGACAUCACCAGCGUGUUUCAUGCGUCGGAAACUCCCCUGGCAAAGCCUCAAGGCUAAGCGACAUUCUACAUAUCUGCUUAUUUUGAAGAUGAAGUAG